AUGAUGAUGAUCGGUGCCGGUGCUCGCCUCCUCCUGUCCGGGCUCAUCAUGUGCUGCUCACAGCUGUCACCCGCGGGGGCCUGGGACAGCGGCGACAUGGAGCUCUUUGACUUGGUGGAGGAGAUCCAGCAAAACUUCUACCAGUUCCUGGGGGUGGAGCAGGAUGCUUCAUCUGCUGACAUCAGGAAAGCCUAUCGCAGGCUCUCUUUAAUACUUCAUCCAGACAAGAACAAGGAGGAAAACGCAGAAACUCAGUUCAGACAAUUGGUAACAAUAUAUGAAGUAUUAAAAGAUGAAGAAAGGAGAGCAAGGUACGAUGAUAUCCUGGUUAAUGGCCUCCCGGAUUGGCGACAGCCUGUGUUCUAUUACAGGCGGGUGAGGAAGAUGAGCAAUGCCGAGCUAGCAUUGCUCCUGUUCAUUAUUUUCACAGUGGGCCAUUAUGCCGUGCUCUGGUCCAUCUACCUGGAGAAGCAGCUGGACGAGCUUCUCAGCAAAAAGAAGAAAGAGAAGAAAAAGAAAGCUGCAGGAAAAGUUGUAGAAGAAGUGAAAUCAAGUUUGUUGGAGAAAAAUGAACGGGUCCUUGAGAAGCCUCAGUGGCGUGAUUUACUUCCUUUCAAGCUGGGAGUCUGGUUUUAUCUCACAGUCACAUCGCUGCCGCAGUGCUUCCAGGACGCCAAACAGUUUUAUGCAGAGUACAAUGAGAAGAAAAUGAAAGAGAAGGAAGAAGCUGAAGCCAAGGCAGAGCUAGAGUCUCAAUUAAAAGAAAAGAAGCCAAAAGUUAAAAAACCAAAGGCGGAAUUUCCUGUCUAUUCUGCACCUGACUCACAUUUUGUGGCUCACCUGCCCUCAUAUGACCAAGGUGUGAGCAUUGAGGAGAUUGAAGAACAAAUGGACGACUGGCUGGAAAAUCGGGCUCAAAAAAGAAAGUCACCUGAAUGGACGGAGGAGGACCUCAGCCAGCUGACAAGAAGCAUGGCUAAGUUCCCAGGGGGGACGCCGGGUCGAUGGGAAAAGAUUGCUCAUGAAUUGGGUCGAUCAGUGGCAGAUGUAACAACAAGAGCAAAACAGGCGAAGGAGAUUGUUUCUUACAACUCGGGUACAGUUCGAUUAGCUGAUCUAAAAUGCGUGGGGAAGACGAAUGUGACAUUACCAGACAGCAUAAUCACACAGCGGGAGGAAGAGGAGCCCGCCGAUGAGGAACGCGACUUGUCAGCUGCUCACAGUGAAGGCCCCGUGACAGCGACACGAGCUCGCAAGAGGAAGAUCGCAAAACCUACAGAGACAGCGGCGUCCACAAAAGAGGAAAUGGAGGAAAAAGUCAGGGGCAGGCGGCAGAGAGACUUUGACGUGGAACAGGAGACUGACAUGCUCGAGGACAGUGACGACGAGAGCAGGAAAAAGGAGCGCAGCCGAGCGUUAGAAGAACUAUGGACUCAGAACCAGCAGAAGCUUCUGGAGCUGGCACUGCAGCAAUAUCCGAAGGGAACAGCGGAACGUUGGGAUAAAAUAGCCAAAUCUGUGCCCGGUAAAUCCAAGGAAGAUUGUAUGUGUAGGUAUAAGCUGCUAGUGGAGCUCGUGCAAAAGAAGAAACAAGCAAAAAGCUGAGGCUGGAUGGAUUGGAGAACAUGGAACAGAGAACGGGACCUCCUCAUCCUCUACAACAGUCACGUGCCUUAGUAUUAAAUACAUAAAUUAAAAUGAUUGCCAACUAAAAUAUUUCAUGCAGAUAAGAAUUAAAAGU